AUGAAGAAGAAGAAGUUGAUUCCGAUCAACUAUAUUAACCCGCGGUGGCUAUUGGGAUCAGACGCCAACGGACCUGAAGAUGAUGAGUCCAAUGACGACAUGUCAUGCCCUGGAUUUCGCAUCCAUAAUUCAAACAUGAGAUCAACAGAACACGCAGUUCUAAAUGGAUCUACGAAGUGGAAAACUGCAAUGGAGAUUGCAGAACGCGUUGUCGAGGUGAUGAGCUCUCACGGAACGCAGACGUUCCUUGAAAUGGCAAAUUCGUUGCGUAGAUUUGGGGAGUGUGCAAGUGAAGGGGUUGUUCCGAUCAUUGGUAAUUACGAACAGAGCGAACACCACACACCUCAAAAUUCCGCAGUGGUCGAUUCUGUAUUUGAACACGACAGUUCUGACGCGGAAUCGGUAGUACCGCCUACUCUCCAGACAGUCGAAUUACGUGAAAAUGACGGAGAUCACGUGGAAGAUACGACGAAAUCGAGGGAUGAAAGCUCUGAUGAUGUGACUCACGAGCGAAUUGAAAUUGAGACGACGGACACCGAUAUACUACUCGCUGAAACCGAUAGAAUUCUUCGCCAGCUGGACGACGUGGUUUCGUCAGACAGUGAUGACUUGCGAGCUGAAGGUAUCAACCGGUCGGUGAACGACUCCAACCCUUUGGUGAGCAGCACCAACGAGUUGGUGAACAGCAACAAUGAAUUGGUGACCACCACCAACGAGCUGGUGAACAGCAACAAUGAGUUGGUGACCACCACCAACGAGUUGGUGAACAACAUUGAACACGGCAAUGAGUUGAUGAACAAUGGCAACGAGUUGGAGAACAAUGGCAACAACAAAAAGAAAAGGGAGCGCCAGAACGCAUCUGAAAAAGACCAGACGAAGAAGGGAGUGCUGAAUGGGAAAUUAAUACGUCGUAAACGUCAAACUAUCAGUAUAAGUUCCGGAGAGGAUGAGGCAUCAGAAGAUGGAGAUCAAGUCGCUGGCUUAGACAUUACACCAGGCAGCUUUCGCGUUAGUGCAAGUGUCAAGAGCAAAGGCAGGCCCAAAAUUAGAAGAAAGCAAAAACGCGAAGCCAAAAGAAUCCGGAUGAGUGAGGCGAUUGCAGAAGCCAAUGCCCUGGUUCAGGGCACACUUGUUCCAGUGAAGGAUUUGGCUCUGGUACGCAAGACGAUUGUUUGCAGCCUCAACGUGACGGAUGCUUUACCAGUUUUAGCUAGCAUUGAGGAGGUGGGCUCACCUUCCUGGAGCGCUACAUCAAUUGUACAACUUGCACGGAAGCAAAAAGUUCAGCAGAAAGUCACGAUCGUAUUUCCGAAGAACUACCUCAGCAAGUGCAUCGCUGGAAUAAACACUUACAGGAAGUCUCUACCAAGUGAACAUGAUGCUGGGAAAAUGGGGGUGUCUAUAAGAAAACUAGGCACAUUUGCUGAAAAGGACCUGCUUACGAUGAGAGAUUGGCACAAUGAGACACCAAAACUCGAAGCUGUAAGAGAUCUUUGUUCAUGGAUACGAGCGUCCAAGUUUUCAAGAAUAGCUUUAUCUACACCUUUGAAGAACUGUGCUACUGUGGAUUUAAAGGCAUGUGCUACACGACUGGAGGCGAUCGACGUAAACAAGGCGAUUUCAAACCGUUUUAGUAAGGGUGUCAUGCACGAACUGGCGUACUUUCGACGUUCGGAGUGGCUGGACGAUGGGUGUUUACGGGUCGUAAUGAGCCAUCUUAUGGAUCAAGAUCUGGACAACAACGGUCAGAGUCGAAUUGGAGGGGUCAAUCCACUGUAUGCAAGAGUACAUGAAAGCAUGAAGAAGGAGGUGAUAACCUCCUCGCCUUUCAACACGAGCAACCGACUCGUUCUUAUACCCAUAUAUAUUGAUGGUCAUUGGGCUGGCGCGGUAUUUGACUACGAGAAUAGCAAAGCAAUCAUUUUCGAGCCCAUGCAAACCUCAAAGUACUACAAAGGUGUGUGUGAAGUGCUGGAUGAGUACUUCGGGGAGUACGCAACUGAGCUAGAGCCGAUUCAACAGCGCGCACCACGCCAGGAAGACACAAACAGCUGUGGGCCACUAGUACUGCUAUUUUUCGAGUGCAUGAUACGGCGAGUUCCUGUUCCAAAUAUUCCCAGUGAGCACAUCGCGUAUCUUCGGUUUCGAUAUUUUUUCCUGUCGACGAAGGGGGCAUUCUGUAGAAGUCCAGGGCUCAGAGAGUAA